CAAACCAUCGAACUAGCGAAUUAAAAAAAAUAUUUCAACAACACAGCUGUGUAACGUAACUACACAGAUAAUUUACUCGAUAACCUGGUGGCUCUGGUGAAGAAAACCCGGGUUUUAAAGCAAAGGCCAUCAUUCUGGCAUUGCGUUGUUGACAAAUCUUCGAAAAGUAAUCAUCUACCUCAAAUCCCAGCAAUGACUUGCACAAUCCUACGUAAUACGGAAAAGAAAUGUUAAAAGUUUCUCACGGCAGUGCCGUUUACAAAGCGUUGCAGGCACAAGUCAGAUACACCCAUCGAACGCAUUACAACGUGUUAAGACUACAACCUAACUGCACGACGAGGGAUGUUCGAACUGCCUUCAUUCAACUUUCCAAAGAACUACAUCCUGAUGCGCACGUUGGUAACACUGGAAGUUAUGACAAAAAAUCCUUUGUUGAGCUACUGGAAGCUUACAAAGUGCUCAGCAAACCGGAAUCACGAGCUGCUUAUGAUUAUGAGUUAUCAUUGAGCAAGAAUCCAGGGAAUCAGUCGCAAAAUUCUACUUAUAGACCGUGGGCGGCGAAUACAAUGCAUUAUAACAACGAAGAACAACCUUACUACGGAAUUAAAGGGGUCAAAAAGGUUAGCAAUUGGACGAUAGUACUGUUUUGCGGUAUUUUUAUGCUGAUCGGCAUCGUUCUACAGGCUGUAGCAAUCAGUAAAUCGUUCACCUUUAAACGAGAUCAACUGGAUGAAUUUUCGAGGCAGAAUGCAAUGACCCAUGCUGAGGUACGCGAAGAGGCGCAAAAAUAUGGGAACAAAGCGCAAAUCGAGCGCAUGAAAGCAAAACUUAACAAGGAAGGAAUAUGGUAGCGGAUGUAAGUUUGUCCAGCGGUUCAGGUGGUUGAAACGUAUUCAAACUUGUAAUGCUGGAUUUGUAAAUAAUGUAAAUGGUAGCAAUGAUUUUAAAACCAAAAGUGGAUUUGAAGGAUGAAAAGCGACAAACAAUAAAUUUACUCUUAUUGAAAUGUGGCCUGAUUUAACACUUCGAGAACGUUUACUUCUCAAACGACAAUUUGGGCAAUUUACACACCAACAAUAAAAAAAUUGAAAUACGUUGAAUAAUAGAAAAGA